GUAAUUUUGGACCAUUUAGAAGUACCAUUAAAAACAUGAAAGCUGCCACGAAAAACAAGACUGGCAAAUCGAAGCCAAAGCAGGGCAAAGCCAAAUCAAAUGUAGCGAAGAAAUCGUCUGCAACUGAUUCUUCAAAGGCAGCGGCUAAGAAUAAGAACCCGGACUUGUUGGAACAUAUGAGCGAUGUAUUAUCUUACUCCUCCGCUACAAGCACUUUGGUAGCACCGGAUAGUUUAUCCACAGUUACAGCCACCACAACCCCCUCUGCUCUGUCGCCAGCCAAGAAGGCUGCUAAAGCCGCUGGAGCAGGGAAGAAGGACUCAGGCAAGACAACCGCUGCUGCUCCAAAACAAGCGGCUGCUGCCACAGUCGGUGCUCCCAAAAAGCUGAAGGGCGUGAAGAACAUUUUGCGCAGCAAGAGCGUGAUGAAGAAGAAAACUUGGCAGCGUUUCGUCGUGGACUGUUCUACUGUCGCUGACGAUUUCAUUCUGGACGUGAUCGACUUUGAGAAGUACAUGAAGUCGCGCAUCAAGGUCAAAAAUAAGAUCAACAACCUGGGCGAGAACGUAACCUUCGAGCGUUCCAAACAGUCGCUGAUCAUCAACAGCAGUGUGCACUUCUCGAAGCGCUACUUCAAGUACCUGGCGAAGCGCUAUCUGAAGAAGAAUAGCCUACGCGACUGGGUGCGUAUCGUGUCCACAGGCAAGGAGGGUUUCGAAAUGCGCUACUUCAAAAUACAAGGUGGCGAUGAAGAGAACGAACCUUUCGACUUGAAUGCCUAACUGAGGUUAACCAGAUAGGUCGCCUAACUACAGUUUCAAUUUUUCCAAUUGUCGACUUUUGAACUAAUCGUGUAUUACGUGCUCAUUAUUUCAAUCAAUUUUUCAACAGGCAACAGUCAAUGCGUUCCAUAUGGACCAGAAAAUACAGAAUAGAUUCAACGUUGACAGCGACAUUGACAUUUUCUGUA